GGUAUAAGAAUGGUUGCCUACUGCCUAAUAUGAUGACCGUUUUUAUUGCUCUUGAUAAAUGCACAAAAGAAAAUGGUUGCCUGCAGAUAUUGGAAAGUUCGCACACAUGUGGCAGACUCGAUCAUGAAUUGAUGCAUGGACAACAAGCGAUACCAGAUAUAAAAAGAGUUGAACAGAUAAAAGAACGUUGUCCGCUGGUAUGGUGUGAAAUGAAUCCAGGUGAUGCUUUAUUUUUUCACUCGAACAUGAUGCAUACAAGCGGUCAAAACAGUAGUCCAAACAGAAGAUGGGCUCUCCUGACGGCUUUCAAUACAAGGUCAAACAAUCCGACCAAGGAGCAUCACCAUCCAUGUUAUACACCACUAACCAAGGUUCCAGAUGCUGCAAUCAAAGAAUGUGAGAAUUACACUCUUGAUCUUUCACAGAUGGGUUUUGUGCAUCCAAGUCAAUCCCAAACUAGUCGUCCAAGCCUAACGAAAGAGCAACAAGAAGCAACCACGAAAAAAUAACGUUGUAACAUUGAACUUAUAUUUUAGAUUGUGUUAUUUAAUGAGAGUAUGAUAAUUUGUAUUUGUAAAUUUGUAAAAUUGAAUAUUAAUUUUUAAACAAUGUAUUUUGAAAUAAUAAAUAAUAAACUCUUCAAAAA